AUGAACGAGCUGCUGAUAAGAUCCAAGAGCGGCAUCAAGCUGUACACCUUCACCCGAAACGAAAAGAACGAGUAUACCGGCAAAGUGACCUUCGAGUACGACGGGUGCAUACACGAUGCCAUAUGGUCGUGUGAUGGAAACUCCUUCCUCAUCCUGCACUCCGUGGAAGGCUUGCUUCUCAUAACGAAUUAUACCGACAGACAAAACAUAAGAGUAAAUAAAAUAACCUGCCAAAGCAGAUAUAAGGAACUCUUCACCGAUGAAAAUGUAAAGCUAAUAAAGCAUGUACAGUGGUCACCAGCAAAUAAAUUUGUUGUUUUCUUCUUUCCCUUUGAGGAGAAAAAUUUCGUCUCUAUAGGGAAUCUACUUCUAUUUAGUGUGCAACAUACCAAAGUGUUGUGCUCCUUCAAAAUUCGAAAAAAAAUAUGCAGCAAUUGGCCUAUUAUCCACUUCACCCCCGAGGACAGAUAUUUUUUUCUGGAGAAAAAAUCCAACCUCUAUGUGUAUGAUACUCUGCAGUUGAUUCAGACGAACGGGGCGGUGCUCCACAAUCUGGUAAAUACAGAUAUCCCGAUAAAUUAUCUCUUCACAUGGCAUCACCCUAAUGUCAUAGCUAUGUAUGUGUCACCCUAUGUUGGAGAGAACGACGCAAGGUUCUUCAUCGUCCAUACGAAGCAUAAUUUCUUAGGUGAUGUAUAUGUGUAUAAGAUAGAUGGAUUGUCUUCCUCUCUGAACGAUGUGGAAGGCGUCCAUUUUGGGAAGGAAAAGAACCCUCCCAUGGCGGGUCAUCCAAAGAAGGAGGAAAUAUCACCCAUUUCAACAGUAGGUGAUAACACGACGGAAAGAAACGAAUGGGAAAACGAUCAUUUCAGAAAAAACGUCUCUUUGGAUCUCCUCAUCCAAAAACGUUUUGAUAACCUAGACAACCUGAACUGCAUGUGGUCAGUGAGUGGCAAACACGUUAUCCUCAUGGUCUAUACAAACGACACGACAAACAAAUCUUAUGGCUACGUAAGCAAUUGCUACUACUUCUCCCUCAGUGCAACACAUAUGGGCAUGCGAAAAAUUAACGAAAACGUAGCACAGGAUGUCAAGUGGAACCAAACAAGCGAUCAUUUUCUUCUAAUUGAAGGAAAAUCUGAUAAUGCCAUUUUUCUGUACGAUCAUAAUUUAAAUGUGAAGUUGAAAAUAUCGUCGCAGUAUAAAAACACCAUUAAGUGGUGCCCCUUUGGAAAUAUGAUUGCGCUUGGGGGGUUUGGUAAUCUAGCAGGGGAUAUUUGCUUCUACUUUAAAGAGAAAGACGAUUCGGUUAUUCUAAUAAAACAAUACAGGGAACCAUGUACAGUGCUCUGUGACUGGUCUGCAGAUGGUACCCUCUUCAUGACAGCAUCUACCUACCCCAGAAUGAAGGUUGAAAAUACCUUUAAGAUAUAUACGUACGAGGGGAAUCUUGUUAAUAGUUACAACUUUAAUGAGCUCUAUGACGUGCAGUGGAAGAGGGCCCCGCCUGGAAUGCUCACAGAACCACCCAAACCGCAAGCCAACCUCAAGGACAACAAGCGCAGUGUGUAUAAGAUUAAGUAUAUGAACGUGGAUAACGCGUUGGGUAGUGGCUCAGCAGGUGUUGUGGGCGGUGGAAGCGGGAUCGGUUCUCUGAGCGGUUCUCUAAGCGGACUAGUUACCCCUCCCGGGGGCGUCGCCAUCAGCGGAAGCGCCUCUGACGCAAUGGACGAAGGGAUCUCAAAAAAAAACAAGGGAGCGGGUGAAGCAGGUGAGAAGGACAGGGCUAAAAUGGGCAAGGCUGUUGUGCCUCCCCCUUCGCCUUCUCCCAACAGUGCGCAAGGAGUGCCCGCGACAAUCGGCAGGAAGAAGAAGGCGGAGAAGGGGGGGGGUAAUGCUUACGACUGGGAUGUCGACUGGAGAAACAAAACCGUCUCGGCAGCGGCAAGUUUGCCGAUACCCCCCACGGGCGUUGCGGGGGGCAUCGCCCUGAACGGUGUUAACAAUUUUGGCAACGCCAGCAACAUUGGCAGCGUGGCGAGUUUUGGUAAUGUGAGCGUGGGAAAAUAUCCCGAGGAAAAGCAAGACCAGGGAGGAUACCUGUACAUGGAAAAGAAGUACGGCGAUGCGUACACCGUCAAUGGUAGCGGUGAUGACAUUCUGAGGAGAGACAAGGUUGCGGGUGGCAUGGGGGAUGGACGUAAGGAAGACUACCCCACGCAAGGCAUUCCCUCCGCAGAUAGCGCCAACGGUACAGAUGUCAGAACGACAGAUGAUAAAAAGAAAUCGAAGAAAAAAAAAAAAGAAAAGGAGAAAAUAAUUCAGAAGAUUCAGAGCGAUGCGCACCAAAGUAGCGAUGCCACUAAACAGGUCGCGGUCAACAGUUGGCUUGCUCCUCACCCAAGUCACAAUGUUCAGGAUGCGACUAGCCUACUUUACUACAUGAACAGAAGUAACAUUGAGGUGGGCAUUCCUCCGGGUGGAUUUGUCACAAGCAACUAUGGUCCUAACGGUGGUCCCCCAGGAAAUUGGAACGAGCCGGAAAGGAAUAUCAACAAAGGAGAAAUAAUGGGGAUCGCAAAGUUCGAAAUGAAGAAAAGUGAUCCACAGGAAAAGCAGGCGCGGGAUGUUAGCCCGACCGGUGAGAAGGACCCAGAGCAGGAUAAGAAGAAAAAAAAGGAAAAGACAAAUAAAAAAAAGAAAAACGAAACCUCCGCUGGAGGCAAUGAUAAUGCCAACAUUGGAGAAGAUAAGAUGGCUACACCAACGCAGACCAUGAUGGCUCCUUCCUCAGAUACUUCCAAGAGCGCACCCCAAAGCAGCAACAAAAUCACAAGCUUCUUGUCUAGAAUAAUGAAGUACAAGGCUGACGCGACAAGCGGUAGGCAGGAUCGGGGGUCAGAGGUGGCCGCAUCCCCAAACGGUAACAACACGAAUGAACGUAAUGAAACCGCUCCGUGCAAUGUAGCAGUGACGGCAACCGGCACGAAUGCACAAAAUUUUAUUAAAAAAUAUGACACCUCACGUAACAGUAAUGGUCUCCCCAUGGUGGAUCAUGAGGAUGAAGGAAGUAACACCCAAACGGAGGUGAACAAGGACACACACCCUGGAAAAAUGUGUGGUCUCCCAAAAAAUGGCGAGACCUCGUCUUUCCCAUUUCAACACGCCCAUUUUAAUACCCUUCCGAAGGAAGUACCCAUGCAGAGUGAUAACUCAGCCCUGUUUAAUCAUCUAUCGGGAGUGAAGCAAACGAUUCAUGGAGGUAGUCAACACCCUGAACGAACAGACGGAUCAUCACCAAAUGACAACAUAUUAAAUGGAGGAAUGUAUUCAAGUGCAUUCCAACAACAGAGUUACAGUGAUAUUACGAAAGGAAGUAUGAACCGGAGCGGUCAUCUAUACAUGUCCAAGAAUGAAGGAAAAUCCUUUUACUCUUCUGCAUUUCCCGAUGGAGAAAGCAGCGAUGGACCUAUUAACCAUGCUUCCUCUAACCAAGUGAACGCCAGUAAUGAUGAGAAUGAACAAACGAAAAGUAACCUUCGUGGUGAUUCCCCGGAGAGUAAAAAGUCGAAUGAAGAUUUACUAACUUUGUUUAAAAGGGUGUUACCUCACGCCACCGUUAAUAUUCUUCCAAAGCAUCAACACGCCAGUAAUGGUAAUGGUAGUAGUAGUAGUAUUGGUCGUGGUGCUGACCCCAUGUUGAAUGCCUCCAUUGGGCAUACCCUCACGAGUGCACAGAAUGUGAACUCCUCCGUGUCAGCUCCACAAAGGAACAUAAUGGAAGAAAUACCAAAGGAUCAUCAAAACGGAAUGAGCUUCAAGAGAGAAUAUGUAGACCUGAGAAUAAUGGCCCCCUCGAAUGAACAUAUGGGAGGGGAGGAAGGAAAUGAUGCCAACUAUGGGCGUGGAAACACUAGCAGUGGUGGUUUUUACACCCAAGGUGGAAAAGAAAUUCACAGGAAAGAUGUAACCGCAGCCAUGAUCAUGAGAAUGAAUCAGAAGGAAGAGCACGACCAACAACAACAUCAAGACGGGCUGCAAGAACAACUGGAACAACACAGUGAUAACAACAGGGUGAUGAGGAUGACGAUGGUACCACCCAAUGCAAGAGAAAACUCCAUUCCAGCAAAUGUAAAGUCGCAUCUAUCCAACUUAGACCUAUGUGAACUGCUAAAGUGUUACCACUCUCUUAAUGUACAGCUCAUUCAGUUAAAGUUGUAUUGGAUUAUUUUUAAAAUACAAGCAUAUGAUUCGUCUAGAAGUGGAGGAAUGAACAGCACGGAAAUGAUAGCGAAGGAGAAAAAAAUUAUUGCCAAAGUGAAGGAAAUGAAAAAUCUGCUGGAUUAUGCUAACGAUUUGGUUAAGGAGACAUUUCAGAAAAACAGAAAAAAAUACGAAAGUCUCAUCCAACAGUUUACGGUUAUUUUGAAACAGUACGAUAACCUGUACCAACAGAAGAAGGAGAAAAUUAUGCGUGAUCACGCGGAUAAGGAACCCAUUGUGCACUUCAUUUGUAACAUCGAAAGGAUUGUGCACAGGUACGUCACAACGAAUGGGGAGGAGCAGCGACCUGUGUCUUCUUCUCCUUCCCUCAGGGGUUCCCAUCAGCACCCUGGCAUGGUCAGUGGCAGAGGGGAGGAAGUACAAGCGUCCACAGUGCCCCUCAGUAAUGCAGGGGAAUACACAACUGGCUUAACGGGAGGCUUAACGGGUGGCUUAACGGGCGGCUUAACGGGCGGCUUCACGAGUGGCUUUAGCAGAGAUUAUGUGGGAGCAUACCCAGCCAGUUACUCCAACAUUAGGAAGACCAUACCCCCCAUGGAAUUUCAACACAAGCUACUCAUGCAAAAGAUGAGUGAACAGAGCAGACAAACUGAAGGAAAGUACGACGAACAGAAUAUGAAGCAGAACAAAAUAAAUCUCCCUGAAUUCCAAAGAAAUUAUGUUACAAGAACAGUUGGUAUGCAUAAAGAUGAGCAGGCCAAAGUUUUCCUCCACCGGAGUAGCGGGAACAAUGAUUCUGGAACGGUUUCUUCAGUUGAAGUAACCUAUUCGGAAGAGCAAGCAGAUAACAAGAAGAAGCCAGUUGGAAAAGGAGAAACAUAUGAGUCCAUCGGCAGGGGGGGCAUAUACUGUAGGGAAGCACAAAGUGUGGAAAUGGUCUCCCGCGAUGGGCGUGCCCACACAGAUCACAGCGGUAAUGGCAGUGACGCAUGCCCGUCCCCCCUCCUCAACAGGAUCAACAAAUCUCUACUGAACAAGGCAGGGAAUGAGGACGCCGCGCAGGACCUCGAUAGCGUCAAGGGCAUGUCAGGCGUAGCAGGCAAGUACAACCUGCUCGAGCUUCUGAGAAGGAAAAAGCAAAUGGAGAUACAGGCUGGUGUGCAGAACAAUCUGCAGAACAAUCUGCAGAGCAGCCUACUCAGUAGCCUCCGCACCGCCGCUCAACGAAGGGAAGAACACAUGGACGCCAACUCUAUGAUGCGUAAAGUCAACCAGGGUGCCCAGGGGGGGAAGUACGCCACCCAAGAUGAGGACAUAACUCAAAGGAUAAAGAACAUGAUGCAAGCGGGUGCCAAGGAGGAUCAUCAGUCGCAACAAGGGCAACAUCAGCAGAUGGUCUCUCCCUCGCCGGACCACAUAAAUUACUAUUACCAAAAUGCCCAAGCAGACAAAAACAAUUUCACUAGCCAAGGAAAACACCAGUCGAAUUCGUUAAACCACAGUGAUGGCGUAAAAGCUCCAGUCGAUAUGAUAAUCACCCCGAUGAGCGAGACGAUGAAACAGGACACACAUGCAAACAAACAACAUCAACAAUACUCUUCCCCCAAAGAGUACAUGCACUUUAGCGACUACAACUCUUUUGUGAAGAGCACCAACAUGUACCCUAGCAGGGUUAUGAUCAGCUCGAAGGAGGACAUCUCCCAGAAGGAAAGUGAACAGACCAACGGGAGAGCAACAAUUGGCGGAUCAGGUGGUGGCCCAGUGGAUGGCACCUUGAAUGACCAAAGGACAUCGGCAAGUGGGGAGAUGCGCCCUAACGCAUCGCAUCCUCCACAUGUCUACCUUCCCUCGCAACAGGCACAACCCUCACAGCCAUCACAAAUGGUAUGUAAAAUUCCCAAUAUAUACAAAACCAGUAGCACCAGUAAAAGUAUGAACAGUUCAGGUGAAAAGAAAAACGCAACGCAGAACCUUUUCGAGAUGGAGGAAGCCAAACGUCCGGAUGCCUUGCGAGAUAAGUGUUGGCAGUACGUGGACCCCAAAGGAGUGGUGCAGGGCCCCUUCUUCCUUGACGAGAUGAGGAUUUGGAGCGAAAUGGGAUACUUCGAGCCCAUGCUACCCGUCCGCUGUUGUGAUUCCGACCGCUUUGUCGCCCUCAACAAACUUUUUCCCCCUCCACAUAAACCCUUCACCAUUAUUCCCAAGCCACAGCCUAUAUUGCAAUGGGACGAGGAGUUAUGA